ACCGGUAUUUUAUAUUUAAGAUUCUAGUGGAUAGCCGUAGAUGGCCGUGGAUGAAAAAAAUGUACCUGGAUAGCUUAAUUUGAAUGAUUGUCUUUUGGUUCGAUUUAGAUUCUGAUAUUGCCGUGAAAGAUCGCUAAUGGUAAUGGAUAAAAUAUGAAUCUGUUCCUUUUUUUUAAGUUUCCUUAAAAAAACAACAGCUGUUAAAAACGUGCUUUUAAAAAGAUUUCCUAUAUUUAAACACUAAAUAUUUCGAGGACUGAAUAGAAAUGUAUUAAGGAAGUUAAAUAAGUACAGUUUAUAAUUAUAACUCUCCAUUUUCAGUGACAUCUGUGGCAUUCGACCCUCAGAAACACCAGGAGUUGUUCGAGAGGUACACAGUGGCCCUCAAAAAUAUUUUUGCGUUGAUGGUCGAAAGAUUUCUUAAAACCUGGCUCCUAAGUCCGUUUUUAUUUAAAGUCUCAGAUCUCAAAACAAGAACGGACAAUACCGUCAAAGAUCUACAUAACCUUUCUAAUACUGUUCUUCAAAAAAGAAAGGCGGUAAUAGAGUCCAAAGAAUAUCCUACAACAGAUCAAUUCAAACCCCUGAUGGAUACAAUUCUGGAAUUAUCGAUAGAUAAGGGACUAUUAACUGACAGACAGAUGAGGGAGGAAUUAGACACGAUUUUAUUUGGCGGCCAUGACACUUCAGCCAAUACUUUGACCUUUACGCUGAUGCUGCUGGGCUCAGACCUCGACAGGCAGGAGAAGGUAUACAAGGAGUAAGUAACUAAUUUUUCAUUUUAUACCAUUUUUUAUCAAGUGAUGUUGUGAUCCCUAUUUUAUUGUUGCGCUCUUGCUUUUUUUGGGAAUUCUUGACAAACCAAUGGCCUUCUUGUCAAAAAAUGGGAUAAGUGCAGGAGAAAGAAAAUAAAACAUUUCUAUUCCUUCUCCUGCACUUAUCCCAUUUUUAUUUGGGGUAGGCGCAACCUGAUUUUUUCUUAUAUACCUUUCCAUCUGACGUCAUCUCACAAGAAAACUAUUUGCAGUCAUAUGGUAUUUAACACGAUCCAUCCAUCGUUUCCUUUUACGACUACUUUUUAAACCUUUUCCCCUACAUUCCGUCCAUAUCUAUGUUCAUCACCUUCCUCGCCACAUGAAUCUCUUUCCAAAGCAUAACAUGUUCAUACUAUACAGCAGUAAUUCACUGUUACCGGUACCUCGUUCAAACAUUCUAUUACAUACUCAU